AUGAAACUUCUCUCAUCUCUCCUCCUCACACUUUUCUUCACGCUCCAAAGCCAUACUGUCGUGAGUGGGGUGCGCCAACACAAGCGAGCUCCUCUCUCAGACCUCCACGAGAUCCUAGAACAGGCAAGGAAUCAGUCCGGCAUCCCAGGAAUGAGCGUAGCCAUUAUCUAUAAAGGCGAGCUCAUUUUUGCUGAAGGUUUUGGAAAGCGAAACGAGCGCGAUCCCUUUACAGUGGAGACGCUGUCUCAACUCGGAUCGAUAACAAAAUCGUUUACAGCUGCAGCGGUCGGCGAGUUGGUCGCUGAGGGUAAAAUGGACUGGGAUACGACACCAUUGUGCAAGUACCUGCCCGACUUUGAGCUCCGGGAUCCAGUCCUGACCUCUCAAUUGACAAUGGUCGACUUCCUUUCUCACCGCACCAAUCUUCCGGACGUUGACCUAGCAUGGUUCAGAAAUACCGAACCAAGACGUGACCUCAUCAAGCGACUCAAGUACGCUGAGGUUGACUCCAAGCUGGGCACUCUUGUCCACUACAACAAUGCAGGCUAUGCCAUCGCCGGAGAGGCUGCCGCGAACGUGGCUAAUAUCUCUUAUGAGAGGCUGGUCGAGGACAGGAUCAUCAAGCCUCUAGGCCUUUCCAACACGGGGUUCUCGCCCAUGGAGAUGAAGAAACACCCCAACUACGCUGUGCCGUACACCGCUGCAACAUUUGAGGACGCUCAAAGGGGCUUGUUCAAACAGCUCCCAUUAGAUCCUAUUUACAUGUCACAAGCACCCGCAGGCGAUAUGUAUUCCAAUGUGCUGGAUCUCGUCCGCUAUGGUCAGGCCAUUAUGCAUUACGGUGCAGUGGAUGGGAAACAGGUCUUGAACAAGAGCAGCGUUACAGAAUUGCUGAGUGGGUAUAACAUCAGCUUCAGACGGAAAAGAAUACCUGAAUUUGCCCCCUCGUUGGUCUAUGGUUUGGGCUGGGACCUGGACACGUACAAGGGUCAAGCUAUCUACUCCCAUGGUGGCCUUAUCAAUGGCUUCCGAGCCAAUUUGAUCCUGUUUCCGGAUUCCGAGUUGGUUGUCGCUCACCUUGCCAAUUCAUACAUCGCAGAUCUGAUGGUUUACUUUCCUUACUACGUUGCGGACGAACUCCUUGGAUUACCCAAGACUCUCGACUGGAUCAACGACGCGGCCAUGAGAGAUGCACAAUGGAGAUAUGACAUCCUUGCGGCACAAAUCAAGGGCGACUUUCCCGAGCGCAUCAAGAACAAACCUCCAACACGUAGUUUGAGCGAGUUUGUUGGGGAAUACUCGAGUCCAUUGUAUGGUAACGUCUCGAUUCAACUGGAUAAAGGCGGCAAGGGAAGGGAGAAGGUGCUGCGGUUUAAAAUGCAUUCCUUUAAUAGCGAAAUGGAGCACUACCACUACGACUCCUUUAGCAUGGUGCUAGAUGACUACAAUGCCAUUUCGGCGGCCUUCUUGACGUUUACGACAGGUGGGGACGGCAAAGUGGCAGGAUUCCGCGUCAAUUUUGGUGAGCAAUGGGGGAUACAGGAGUUCAUGAGAAAGCAAGCGUCUUGACGCGAUAGCAGAUCUUUCCGCCCUCUGUCACGUAUACGCUGCCGUUCCGGUUGCAGAAGGGCUUCAAGAGUUAUCC